AUCACAUUCCACCACACAUAUACAGUACCAUGCUCUGAUGUCAUAGUGUUUGUGUAUAUGUAUGUAGAUAGUUGAAGAGUCAAUGUAUCAUUGAAAAGACAUUGAAAAAGAUGAAUAUGUAAUAUAACCUACAAAAUGAUCAAAAUGUAAUUUAAGAACGAUGAUAUGAAAAUAUGCUCCCACAAGUAUAUUAUAAAAUCGCAGAAAUAGAAUGGUUCUUCAAAACAUUGGUAGUAAUUUAAUUAAAACAAUUGCUAAUGCAUAUACUAGACAAGAUAAACGAGGUGGGAACACAUGUAUUCAAAGAUUGUAUAUGGCAUUACCACGGCUUACACCUCAAGAGGUUACAGCAGUCCUUCAAACUAAUGAGUAUACUAAAGAAUUUAAUAGCCAUGGUUCUAUAAAAUAUUAUGAUUCAAAUCAGUUAGCAUGUAACAAUCCUAUAGAAGACACUCGAUCAGAGGCCCAAUGCUUACUUACAAAAGGACUUUUAUUAGGUGUAUUCGAUGGCCAUGGAGGUAGCACUUGUGCGCAAAUUGUUUCAAAAAGACUUUUCUACUAUAUAUCGGCUUGCUUGUUACCCACAAAAUUAUUGAAACAAUAUUUAGAUACAGUUCAUACUGAUAACAAAUUAGAACUUCUUCAAACAUUUAAUGAUAAAGUAGAAUUUGUUUCUGAAAUUAAAAAUUUAUAUGAAGCAAGCUUUUUAAAUUUUGUCCAGGACUUAAUAGAAUCAGAAUGUACAAAAGAAUUUCAAAUGGAAACAGCUUUAGAGAAUGCUUUUCUGAGAUUAGACAAUGAUUUGUCAAAUGAAGCACUUUUGAAGUUAGAUAAAAAUAAUACUGCUAGGACUCUUGCUGUUGCUAUGUCUGGUGCUGUAGCUGCAGUUGCGCAUAUAGAUGGUCCACAUCUCCAUGUUGCAGGAGUGGGUGACUGUCAAGCAGUGCUUGGUAUAUUUUCUGAAAGUGAUGGUUGGUCUGCAAAGCUGAUGACUGUGGAACAUAAUACUGACAAUCGUGCAGAAGUUGAAAGAAUUCUAUCAGAACAUCCAGCAAAUGAAAAAUCAACUGUAAUUAAAGUGGAGAGAUUACUAGGUCAAUUAGUACCCCUACGUUCAUUGGGUGAUUUUCGCUAUAAGUGGAGUAAAGACUUGUUAAAGAAAAUAAUAGUACCAUAUUUUGGUGAAGUCGCGAUUCCUCCAAAUUAUUAUACUCCUCCAUAUUUAACAGCAAAACCGGAUGUUAAAUAUCAUAGAUUAACGCCUAGAGAUAAAUUUCUUAUAAUAGCAAGUGAUGGCCUGUGGGAUUUGAUAUCACCUUUACAAGCUGUACGUUUAGUAGGCGAACAUAUGAGUGGAAAAGUAACACUGAGUCCACUAAGAUUACCUCGCAAAAACAUGAAAUUGUCUGAUAUAAAUAACAUGUUAUUACAACGAAAAGAGGGUUUAAAGAAGAAACCGCUCGACAGUAAUGCGGCAACACACUUAUUGAGAAAUGCUCUUGGUGGUACCGAAUAUGGUAUAGAUCAUGUCAAAUUAUCACGAUUGUUAACGUUACCAAGUGAAGUAAGACGAAUAUUUAGAGAUGAUAUUACGAUAACCGUUGUUUAUAUGGAUUCUGAAUUUUUAAGACACUGCCCUCCAUAAGUACUCAAAACCCUAUUAUUAUAUUUGUAAGACCUCCAACUAAUAUCGUUUUCGAACAAAGCUCCAUCGAAAACAAACGAAACAUUAAUGUGUACAGCUUAUUAUUUAUUUAAUUAACAAUAAAAACAAUUUACAUGUAAAUGGUAUAAUGCUCAUUUGAAGUACGUACACAUAUAUCACGUGCUACAUAUAGUCGCAUUCAUUUAGUUCAACGAAUUAUUCAGAUUGAUUAUUCGUAAUUUUAACUGUAGGGGUAAAUGAAUAUAGCUAUUGUAGACACAUGUUAUGAAUGUUCAAGCAAAAUAAAAAUUAUAAAACAUAUAAAGAAACUGCUAAUCAACGGGCGCAAAUAUUAUUCGGAAAUACUUAUUAAACCUACGUAUUGUACAGUUAAUUUGUUAGAUACAACUAUAGCGAAAAUUGUAAGUUAAAAACGCCCAAAAUUCGUUACUCGCGUUUUAACUUUUUCUUUGCAUUUAUGAACUUUUAAAAAACAGUCUAUAAUCUUUUUCGCUGACUAAAAUCUAACAGCUUUUCGCUUCAAAAUAUAUAAUUCAUUCUGUUUUGUUUUCGUAUCGAUUCAGGCAAACAGCGUUCAUGAAAAAGCCUCAAGUUUACAAUAUCGUCAUUGUUAUUGCGAAUUGACUGCUUAAAAAAAA